CGAAAAUAGGAGCGACGGCGUUUAUUAGCAGAGCUGUUACAGCGCAGUCACAGCGGACAGACGGAACGGAUACGCGGAUCAGGCAUAGUAGUGAAGGCAAAAAUGUUCAUGCAAUUUUUUUUUAUUAAGAAAAAAAUGAAUAAAUAAUAUUAAAAUAAAGUGGCAGCAAAGUAAUUAAAAAUAAAUGAAAUGCAAAACAAAAUCAAUUUUUUGUGAGUGAGCAGCGACUACAAAAAACAACAACAACAAUUCUACACUACGAGGUCCGGGGUCUUCAACUUGUGCGUGCCAAAGAAGAAAACAGGAUAAAUAAAAAUAAAUACAAACACAAAAACAAAAACAAAAACAAAAAAUUCCAUCUAUGUACGUACUAGCGAACAACUUUCGUACAAAAAUUAAAAAUAAACCAACAAUAAAAACAAAUUAAUUAAAAAUUAACUCUUUAACACAACUUUAUCUCAACUAAAUAAUCACACAACAACACUUCCUAUAAUUCUACGCGCUAAUCGACGUUUGUGAACGGUCGGUCACUGGAUCCAUCGAUCGGGCGAUCGUUGGUCAGUCACUGGUUCGUACGCUAGCUCCUUCGGCUGAUUCCAUCACCAAAAUUACUUUUGUUGUAAUAAAACGUACCGUUACAUGUAAUUACGCGCGGCCGUGCGUACGCGAAUGCAUGUCUGCGUGUGUGUGUAUGUGUAUGUAGAUGUGAGCAGUGAAGGCGUUCGGUCGGUCCAGUCGAUUGGGUCCAGUCGGUCGGAAGUUUGUGCAGCUCUGAAUGUCUUUAUGCUUUAAUCAUGGUGAAAUUGACCACCGACACAAUACGCUACCAUAUUAGAAUCUUUCUGAUUACAAAUCAUGACAGAAGGACAUGAAAGCGACUCCAUAGUUACAGUACGCGCACAGGUUAUGACCAGAGACGAAACAACCGAGGGUUGGAUACCACUCGCCGGGGGUGGUUUGGCGAACGUUUCAAUACGCAGACGUCCUAGACUAUCCCCUGGCGCUACUGGACCUGAAUAUUUUAUCUAUGGCCAAAGAAUCUCUGAUCAAAGUGUUAUUUUAAGCUGUGCCAUAAAUCGUGAUCUGAAGUAUUAUAAAGUGAUGCCCACAUUUCAUCACUGGCGUGCUAGUAAACAACGCAAUGGUCUCACUUUUCAAACGGCUGCCGAUGCGCGCGCCUUCGACAAAGGCGUAUUGCGCGCCUACAAUGAAUUAAUUGAUGGCCUGGCCAAAUCUAAUCCAUCAAUAAUAUGUCCGCCACUCAACAAAUACGAUUCAGUCGGUGAAGACGAUGUUUUUAUGACCUUAGAUCUACCUAUCGAAGCUGAGUGCAUACAAAGGCCACACACAAGUCCCGAAGGCAGCGACAAAAGUCACAAGAGUAUUACUGUCGAUCUAGGUGAACGCAUUAGCAACAAAAGCGAUUUGGACAAAUUUUCGGAUGGUAAUGUCGCACAACAACAACCCAAGGCCACCAUUCACUACAUAUCGAACGAGAAAUCAUGCAGCUUACAAGCACCGCCACCACCACCCUCACUGUCCGCAGCUGGCGGUGGUAAUGGUAACGGGAAUGGCAAUGGCAAUGGCAAUGGAAACAACAAUAAUGGCAGUCAUAAUAGUAAUUGUAACCUUAUCACUACCACCACCGGAAGCGCUGCGAUUGUAACGCCGCCAAUCACCACCGUCUCGUCGUGUCAACUUGAAGCGCCACCGCCGUCGCUACCAACAGCUAUUGUGACUAGCGAAAAUUACUCUUAUGUGCAGCUAACAGCGGUACAUGAUUACAAUUACCCGGUUGUCGAUCAGCCAGCUGGGGCGCAAGUGUUAAAUGCACGUCGAGAGUCGAUAAGCGCACUGAAGAAACGCAACGCUUUGGAAGCCGCACAAGCAUUGGCCGCUGCUCAAUCGUCACCCAUUGCCGCGGGUGUGAUACUCAAGGAGCCCAUCAGUAAUGUGGACAUUAUGAAGAAGAAUCAACGUACACGUUGUCGCUAUUGUCACGACAUCUACAAUGACGAGUGCAAUCGGAAGGGUGCCUGUGAAUUUGCGCCCGACCGCUUUCGUUCGACAAUCGAGUGUGUUUCCGGUAUGGGUUGUGCGCGUUGCAUGUUGUACCAUUGUAUGAGCGAUGCUGAGGGUGAGACGCCACAACAUCCAUGUCAGUGCGUCAACGAAGCGGGCUGUAGUAAGCGCUGGUUCGGUCUAACGAUGCUAUCAUUCUGCGUACCCUGCCUUUGGUGUUAUCCGCCGUUGCGCGCCUGUCAUAUGGUGGGAGUAUCAUGCGGCAUGUGCGGCGGUCGACACAAACCACAAGUCUGACAUUUGGAGGGACGAUUGCAACAACAAUUCGACAAAGGCUACGUUUACGGCUAUGAGGUGGAAGCUGAUAUUAUGAAUUCAGAUAGUUAUGAUUAUGAUAGUAGCUGCAUUGGGGAUUUCGAUGAUCACUAUGAUAGCUACAACUACAAAAACAACUACAGCAACUAUAACUACUACAAUUACAAUAAUUAUAGCUAUAAUUAUAAUACCAACAAUCAACAUAAACAGAAGCAACAAUCGCAAACGCAACAGCAACAGCAACAACAACCGCAACAACAACAGCAGCAACAACAACCAAUAAAGCUGCAGCGCCAGCAGACAACCAACUCUGGGGGCAGCAGCACAUUAACACGACAAUUCGAGCAAUGGCAUCUUAGCGAUGACGCUAAAAUAGCUAAGGAACAAGAGAAAAUACACAAACAAAGAUUGAAACAGCAAAA